AUGGGUAAUGGUGUGAACAUUGCUGGAGUUGGAGGAGCAGUCGUAUCUUCUCCUUCUGGCAUCAGUCCACCAAUGGGUACUGAAAAAUUUAAAAGAGUUACAAAAUCUAUGUUGGAGACUAUAUUAGACAGUGACAAAUGUUAUGGAGUAAAAUGGGGAAAACAAUAUUUGUUUACCUUUGGUGGACCGGGAGGAGAUUCUUGUUAA